UGCUCAGCUCGACUUCUGCGUUCGCAAAGGAAACUAGAUACUCGUUCGCUGCCGCUUUUUCGGCCUCUCGCUUCUACCUGCGCUGUGCUGUGCUACUCCGAAUCCAUUUGACGAGAUGGAGGCGGAGAUGGAAGCGGAGAUGGCCGAGACGGAAUCAGGUGAAGGAUCGGCUGUGCCGGAGUGCCUGAGCUCGUUUGUGGACCGUGGUUCGGUGGAGAGCCACCGAUAUUUCCUCGCGCGACGCACCCUACUCGAGAUGAUCCGCGACCGAGGUUUCCCUGUUCCAGACGACGAACUCGCCCUCACCCUUCCCUCCUUCCGCUCUAAGUUCGGCGAUAAACCGAAGCUUGACGACCUCAGGAUCUCCCUGAGCAUCCCUUGCAAAGGCAGCCCCCCUAAGAAGCUUCUGGUAAUCUUUUUUGGGACUGAGCCUUUCAAGUUGUCAACUCUCCGUGAGAUGUAUGGCGCCGUCAAACAAGAAAACUUGACUAAUUUAAUCUUGGUAUUACAAAGUAAAAUGACAUCCAAAGCCAGAGAUGGCGUUAAAGAGAUUUCUAAGAUCAAAGUGGAGAUGUUCCAAAUAACUGAAUUGCUGGUUAAUAUCACAAAGCAUGUUUUGAUGCCAAAACAUGAAUUACUAACUACAGAUGAGAAACAAGACCUACUGAAGAAGUACAACGUGGGUGAAAGUCAGUUUCCUCGUAUGCUUGAGAGUGAUCCAGUUUCUCGGUAUCAUGGGUUGAAGAAAGGGCAGAUUGUUAAGGUCACCUAUGAAGGAGAGCUCACUGGAUCUCAUGUUACUUACCGCUGCGUUUUGUAAUUUUCUCUAACUGGUGAUCUUGUUGUGCUAUUUUCUUCUGCAGUUUUAGUCAAAAUGUAAAGGAAGUCGUAUUUUGGUCAAUCAUGUAAAUGUAAGUUCUCGCGAGAACCUAGAAACUAUUGGUAGAAUCAAUGUACAUUUAUCUCUUUCAAAAACAAAUUAGUAAUUAAGCAUA